AUGUGGAGACAUUUGGAUUCGCGAAUCUUGGUAGCACGUGUUAUAUGCUUUUCAAUUGCAAAAGACCUUUUCAAAGUUUGUAAAAUGGUCGAAGAGCUUGGCUUGGAUUUCGAUGACGAAAUGCCGUUAUGCUUAGCAGUUGCCAGUCUUGCAAGCCAGCGUCACUGUACAUCAAACAGUUUGAAGAUGGCUCUUCUAGAAAUGAUCAAAGAUAUGUCAAAUUUAGAUUUCUGGAAUGAUGAGCAACAGGAUGCACAAGAAUUCCUUACAAACAUUUUGAAUAUGAUGCAAGAAGGAUGUGAGAAAAUAUUGCGUGAACAACACAAUAUUGAUUAUCAGCAGGAAAGAAAUAAAUGA